AUGUCGCUUGACGUAGGGCCUUCGUCCUCACAGUCGCAACAUCUAUCACCUAAUCUAAGUCAUCAGGUGCCGCACAAGCGGCGAUGUGUCACCUACUGGAAGCCUAGCAAAUACCUCGAUGAGCCUAGGCCACCCGCGCCGGAUGCGCGCGAGAGGGAAGAGGAAGCUGCCACAGCGACGGCCAUUGCUGCUGGCUACGAAGGGAGACGUGCUCGGCGUUACAUGCAUAGACGGACUGUUGAUUAUUGGGGUACUAUUUCCGUGUGGAAGCGGCACCGUGGGCAACAAUGUACUCCACGACAUGAUGCAGUGUUGCGUCCCAGUCCCCACCAAGUGAUUCACCUACUCCCACCAGCAGCAUACGCCGAGUCUGCAUCAUCUGUCGCAAAUGUUCCUGUACAUACAUCGACUAACAAAGUGCGGUGCUCUGUGAAUAUUGUGCGUUGGUUACCUGAGGCUCGGCGGCUUCUUACGGGUUCGACUAGUGGCGAGUUCACACUAUGGAAUGGCCUAACUUUCAACUUUGAAACUAUUCUUCAAGCUCAUGAUUCUGCCGUGCGAGCGAUGGAGUGGUCCCAUUCUGGCUCAUGGCUUGUGUCGGCGGAUCAGAAUGGCCAAAUUAAGUACUUUCAAAGCAAUAUGAAUAAUUUGCAGGCAUUUCCUGGCCAUCGCGAUGCCAUCCGUGGAUUGAGCUUUGCGCCUGAUGAUCAACGUUUCGUGACAGCCUCUGAUGAUAGCACACUGAAAAUCUGGGGGUUCGACGAGGCCCAAGAAGAAUCGACAUUGAAGGGACACGGCUGGGAAGUCAAGUGCAUUCAAUGGCAUCCAACACAGGCACUUCUCGUCUCCGGCAGCAAAGAUAACUUGGUCAAGUUUUGGGAUCCACGUUCAGGUACCGAUCUGGGAACAUUUCAUGGCCACAAAAACACCGUGCAAUCCGUGCGCUGGAAUCCGGAUGGUCAUGUUGUUGCGUCCGCGUCGCGUGAUCAGUCGAUAAAGCUUUACGAUAUCCGAGCUAUGGCAGAACUUGACACAUUCAAAGGGCAUUCGAAAGAAGUUUGCAGUCUAGAGUGGCAUCCCUUUCAUCACGACUUGCUUGUCUCCGGCGGCUCUGACGGAUCUAUUCUGUACUGGUCUUUGCGCUCGUCGAUACCCUCUUCGCCUAUUCAUACGAUUGAAGCGGCCCAUGAAUCCAAUGUAUGGAGUCUCCAGUGGCAUCCGCUGGGUCAUCUUCUAGCCAGUGGCAGCAACGACCAUACCACACGCUUUUGGAGUCGAAGUCGACCUGGGGAGCAUGUAGAGAGUCAAGACGAAGGGGACACCGCAGCCUCUGAUGAUCGGUGGGGUACAUAUGUGACAUCUUCAUCCUCAUCUGUACCAUCUGAACAAGACGAUGUUAUUCCGGGUCUAUCUACACGAAAGCCACUUGCUCCGAAUCACAUUUCCAAAGAGUCAGUACAUUUAAUGACAAACAACGACGACAUGAUUCCAGGCCUCGGCAACUCAAGUGCCUGGGCCCGUCAGACACAUCGCCGAGCUGAACGCCGACGGGCGAAUCCUGGCGGUUGGUACUAG